ACAGAAUUUGUUGGUAGAUGAGCGGUGGUGUGAGAAAAAUGAAAAAUGGUUUUGGAGAAGAAGAAGAAGAAGAAGAAGAAUGGGAUGCAGAUUUCUUAGACCAAUUAAUCCAAGUCGAAGAGUUCGCUCUGUCUUCCUCUGCUGCAACCCAAAACCCUAAAAAUCCAAAUCCAAAUCCCAUUCCUUUUCCAUCGUUUCAACAUCAUUAUCCCAAUGCCCACUCUCCUCCUCCGCAGCUCUCUCAAAACCCUACCCUUCACACCCUUCCACAACCACCGCACAAUUUUAAAGAUCAAGAGAUUGAUCGCUUAAAGAGGGAGUUGGCAACUGCGUCCAAGCAGCUUUUCGACUUGGAACAAGAACGCAAUCAACUUAGGAAUGAGAGGAACAAAAAAGCGGAGCAGAUCAAGUUUGUAUACCCGCACGCUGCAGAAAAAGAUACCACUACUUCUAGUAACUUGGAAUGUGGAGUUCCUACUUUUGAUAACCAUGGGGCUACCAUGCAAUUUAAACAUGCAAAAGCUGCAGACACUGAGACUGGAUAUCAGAUUAAUUUAGCCACUUCAUCAUCAAAGGCCAUAGGAGUUCAGACGGAUAAAGAUGGUGAAUUCAGCAACCUAGAUUUGAAUGGUAAUCAACCUUCCCAGGUUAAUCUUUCUGAAAUGCUGCUUGGCAUAUGGGGUUCUGCAAGUGCUCAAGACAUGGGUAGAAAUUUACUCUCCAAGCUGUUCAUGGCUUGUCCAGCAGACUUUCAGUUGCUUUUUGCGCACAUGAGCAAUGAUAUGACUGCGAAGUCAGGUGAUUCUGCAUUGGCCGAAGAUUCUUCCAGUGCAGCUUUGCAGUCCCUUAUCUGCUCCUCUAAUGAUUAUGAAGCUGUAAAAAUAUCGCAGCUGUAUUCUGUAUUGACAAAGAUCAGUAAUGGACUGCUGCAGUUGGAGGCUUUGCUUGAGCCUUUGAUUGAUCUUUGUCGUCUUGAAAGUCAGGUUGAUAUCCUUUGUAGUUCUCUAAGCAUACUGCAUGUGUUUCUGAAGCAACUUUUAUGUUCGAGAAGGAAAUUGGGAGAAAGGGACAGUGUCAAGGUUGAGGGAGCAAAAUCUGGGAAUAACAUCGAGGAUAGAGGCCUGUUUAUUGUGAGUGAUAAGGAUGAACCUUUUGCAAGCUUCAGGCCAUUUGUUAAGAAGGAACUUUGGUGUUCUGACAUUGGAUCGCCACUUUCUGUAAACUGGGUUUCUCUGUUUGAGUUGUUGCAUGCAAUUGCUGUUAGCAAGACACAGGGUCAUGUAAGAUUGAAGGCAAUCUCUAUCAUGAAUGUGAUUCUGCUGAGAACAAAUGCUCACUCAGAAAGGGAAAUAUUUGGCCAGGCAGCAGUAUUUCAAAGUAUUGCACAAUUUUUAAAAAGGGAAGCUGGCUCACAUGUGCAAAAGAAAGCGCUUCAUCUACUAUACCUACUACUAAACUGUCCCAAACUAUUGAGUGUCUUCUGCUCUGGUCAUAAAGAGGGUGAUAUUGCUGCAAAUGACAAUAACAACGCUUCAAAUUGCGAAGGGUUCAGUGCUCUCCUUGAGGGUUUGGUAGACUGUAUUGCCUGCAGUGGAAAUAAUGUUAAGGACAUAGAACUUCGUAAAAGAGCUGUUACUAUGCUGGCUUUUCUGGCCUCUUCAGGGAAACAUGGGUUUGAAAUUCUAGUGAAUUACAAGUUACUUGGAGAGAAGAAUUUUCUUAUACUAAUUUUACAGGUUUUGAUAUCAGAAAUGAAUGUAGAAGAGUCGGUCUCUUCUGAGCCAGUAGAAUGCAUUAAAGCAAGGAGUUUGCUGAUGCGUGAGGCACUGAUUUUACUGAAUAGAGUUGUAUCAAACCCAGGGUACUCGAGUAUCGUUUUACAAGGGUUAACAGCAAGUAGAGAAAUGGCCAGUUUAACCAUUGAUAUUGUAUCAAGAUUGUCUCAAAAAGACCAGAAGAUGAGAGAAUCGGAAAUUGUCGACUUAGCCCGACUACUUAAGAAAAGGGUUUUUACAUAUUUAGGAUCUUAACGCACGUCACUUGUACAUAUUUGUAUCAGUAAAUUCCCUGGCACAUGUAAAUACAUGUUCUUUUAGUUCGACAAUUUCUUAUUCGUAUUAACAAGAUUAUUGAUAGCCUUCCACACAAUUCGGUGACGGACACAGAAUUCAUUACUAACAUACAUUAUACUUUUUGAUUUUGCAAAUCAUGCAAGUGCUCUUUAGUUUGAUCAA